CAAUAUGCAACAAUAUAAAUGAAACAACAUUUAAAAUGCGUGCGCACCGACAAUCAGUCUAGUCCUAAAAUAUGAAGUAACAUGACAUGAAAAUUAUUUAUUGUUUUAAAUAUAUUAAUUAAAUAACAGAAGUAUAUUGUGUUACAUCGGAAUAAUUUAAAGUGAAAAAUGUUUGUAAAGUGUUUAUUAUUGUUAUUUGUUCUCAGUUUUGUUGAAGCAGACCAUUAUCGUUAUUACCGUCCCACAGGAUCACCAUGCGUAGUCCCUCGCAUCCCUCACGGCCGCGUGCGACCGAAGCAACGCGGGUCUUUUAUAAAAUACAUCUGUUUUCCCGGAUACACGUUAGUGGGGAACAAAUAUGCCACGUGUAGGGCUGGACGGUGGGAUGAACCAAUACCUAUUUGUGUUAAGUCUGGCUGCCCACCUCUGGAAGAAGUAAAGAACGCAGUGACUAUCCCGUCUCAUAACUCGGCGUGGGUGGUUUACUUCUGUUUACCCGGACAUCAACUUGUUGGCUCACCAGCACUGUACUGCGAUGGAUCACAAUGGAAUGCAACUGUUCCAGGAUGCUAUGAUAACUCUGCGAAAGUGUCAACUUUUUGCGACUUCGAAGACUCGAACGUUUGCGGGUGGAAACGGGAUGACUUGCAUGACUUCGAUUGGCGAUGGUGGAGUAACAGGACUCCCAGUUCCUUCUUGCAGACUGGACCUACUUAUGAUCAUACCUACGGGGCUAAUGGGACAGGUCACUAUAUGUACAUAGAAAGUACGGGAGCCGUGCCGAAUGACACGGCUCGGCUGCUGUCACCAGUGUAUGACGCUUCCGUGGCUAAAGAUGGCUGCUUCGUCUUCUAUUACCACAUGUAUGGAAGGUCUGUAGGUGGUCUCAGGGUCUACCAGAAGCCCGAUAGCGUAUCCAUGUACCAGCUGCUCAGUAAAGCAAGCUCAGAAAACUACACCCUUUUCGAGCAGUGGGGAGACCAGGGCAACGAGUGGUAUAGCGGUGUUUCCAUGCUUUCUGAAAUCAAUGAAGAUUUUCAGAUUGUGAUAGAAGGCAUCAGAGGCGAAAGCUUCAUGAGUGAUAUAGCCAUUGACGACGUUUCUAUACAGCAUGGCGAAAACUGCACCAGAGCCAUAAGUGAAGCAGUCACACCACCGUCGAUAUUACAAGAAUCGUGCGUCGGUCGCUGUGACUACUUCGGUGAAGCUAAGACCCCUCGCGGCUGCAGGUGUAAUCUAGUCUGUGUGGUCACACAGAACUGCUGUCCUGACUUCUUGGAUGUCUGCGAUUUUGAUGCUAAUAUCUACCCAACAGCACCGGACACAUCUGCUUCAAGUGGACCACCGCCACAGACACAAAAACUAAUCGCUACCACCACUGAAACAUUACCUCCCACAACUUCUAGUACCACUACUACCACUAAAAGAACCACUACUACCACUACCACUACGACUACCACUACUACUCCUAAGCCUAAACCUACCACCCGUGUAACAUUACCUACAACAAAAUUACUUACUACAACGACUACUACUACAUCUGUUUCGACCACUCCUAAACCUACCACUGCUAGGCGAACUACCACUACUCGUAAACCUACGCCUACGCCUAAACCUACUACUACUAGUACCACUAGUAAGCCUAAACCAAUACCACGUAAGGAAGCUACUACAUUAACAGUGUCUGUGUUUCCGAUGACAUCGACAACGAUAUUGUUGACGUCGACGAAACAUGAAGAUGUAAAAACUACAGAUAUGGGCAAGCAUGCUAAAAUGGUUGCUGAGAAAAGUGAAGGCAUGAGCGGUGCAACAGUAACAGUGACAGUCCUACUGGUAUGCAUAGCAGUAGUCGGCCUACUGUCAGUCGGCUUCGUCAUGUCGCGGUCGUCGCGCGGCGUGGCUGCGCUGGCGCGUAUCCGUGGCCGUACUAUGUCGGACCCAGAAGUGCAUUACCUUAAGAGCGAUGUUGAAGAUGAUUAAAAUUUAUUUCUAGUUUUA